CCCCGCCCGCCCACCCCCGGUCCCUUCCCAUCUCCUUCCUUUCCCCUUUCACCUCAAGGGUAAGGGUUAGGGUUGGGGGUUUCUCCAUCAGGCAGAAGAGAUCGAGAGAUCCAGUGGAUCGAGAGAUGGGUUCGGCCGCGGCCGCCAUCCCGAGCUCUCUGGUGCAGGAAAGCUUCGAGGAGCUGGAGAGGCAGCGGGAGCUGAUCACGAGCUGCACUCUUCUGUGGAAGGAGCUCUCCGACCACUUUUCCUCCCUGGAGCGCGACCUCCAGCUUAAGUCCGAGUCCCUCCGUUCCAAGCGCCAGUCCCUCGACCUCUCCACCCAGCGCUCCCUCGCCUCCCUCCACCACCGCGAGCUCUCCAUCGAUGGCGCCGUGGACCUCGCCCUCGCCAAGGUCAACGAGCGCCGCGAUGCCGCCCUUCUCGCGCUCUCUUCCCCCGCCUCCCCCCUUGACAGUAAUAACGGCAACGAUCUCCCUGGCAAACUCCGAUCUUUCUGCACGACGAUGGACUCUGACGCCUUCUGGGAACUCGUCGUCUCCAAGCGCAAGGAGGUCGAGCUCCUCCGAUCGGAGCUUCCGCUGGCUCUCGCCAACUGCAUCGAUCCCCCCAAGUUCGUCAUGGACGCCAUCUUCAAGGUCUUCCCCGUCGAUCACCGGGGGACGGCCGCCAAGUCCCCCAACGAUCUCGGCUGGGCCUGCGUGCUGAUCCUGGAAUCCCUGGUUCCGGUCCUGUCUGACCCGGAGCUGGGGACGGCCCGUCUGCUGGUGACGCGCAGCAUGAGGGAGCGAGCGAGCGAGAUGGCGGACGCGUGGAAGGAGGGCCUGGAGCAGCGCGGGGGGAUCGAGAGCGCCAAGCCGCCGGACGCGCACACAUUCCUCCAGCACGUGGUGACCUUCGGUAUCGCGGCGAGGGAGGACAGAGACUUCUACCGGAGGCUCGUGGUCAGUUUCGCAUGGCGGAGGCAGAUGCCCAAGCUUGCCCUCUCCUUGGGGCUCGAGGAUAGGAUGGCCGAUAUAAUUGAGGAACUAAUUAGUAAGGGUCAACAGCUUGAUGCAAUAAACUUUGCCUAUGAGGCUGCUCUUCAGGACAAAUUCCCUCCUGUACCAUUACUGAAAUCCUUUUUGAAAGAUUCAAAGAAGGGUACCUCUUCAAGCUCAGAGGACCGCAACAGCUCUGGGCAAGCUGUGGGAAAUGGCAGCCGCAAGGAACAGUCAGCGCUCCGGGCUGUUAUGAAAUGCAUUGAGGACCAUAAACUUGAAGCUGAGUUCCCCUUGGAAGACCUCCAGAAACGAUUCGAGAAUUUGGAGAAGGCCAAGGUGGAGAAGAAAAAGCCAUCUGGAGGUGGUCCUGCCAACAAGCGCACACGAGCCAAUAAUGGGGGGCCAAUGCCUCCAGCCAAGGCUGGUCGUCUCACAAACAAUGCCUAUGUGUCAUCUUUCCCUGCUGCUACGACGUUUGUGCGAUCGCCAUCAGCACACACCACUUAUCCAGCAGCUGCCCCUCCUUAUCCUUAUGAUAGGCCUACAGGACAUGGGGUCUAUGGCAGCCGAAGCCCUCCAACCGUUAGGGACCCAUAUGCAUUUUCAACCGAGGAAGUAGCCCCUGCUGCUCUUGGCGCGUCUUACCCACCAGCUCCAAUGAACUAUCCUGCCUAUGGUGGUUACAACAAUGGUCUGGCAGGCUACAGCAAUGGAUUAGCACCAUAUCAGCAGGCUUAUUAUCGGUAAGAAUGGCAUCAAGGCUUUGGUAUCAGGUCAAAGAUAAUCACUAAUUAUCUUGCUUGAUGGCCUAUUUUGUAGUGACUAACUACAAAGGUAGGGUUGUGUGUGCUUAUUAGAUGGUUUGGUUUUUAGUUCUUGUUUAGAUCUGUUGUAUUAUGCGUUUGCUUAAUGCAUGUAAAUGGAUGGCAACUUGGAUAUAUUUAAAUCCGUGAUUACUGAGCACUGGAUAUAUCAAGAUGUUUGAACUGUUGCAGGACAAGCUCUGGCAUUAUGUAAUCAAAUUUCAGUUUCAUCCAUUUAUGAUUAUGCA